AUGAGGUGCAAUGAUGGAGACAGUGCUGCGACUGGCAAGCAAAUGUGUUGGAAAAUCGGUAUGGGUUCGAUGAGUAAGGCGGCUCAAAGAAUACAGGCGCGAUUUUAUGAAUAG